AUGGUCACGGGGCAGCUGAAGUCCGUCAGGGAAAAGGUCCAAAACCUGCAGAACUUCGACAAAUUCAACCUGUUGGUCAUGAGGAAGCAGCUCUGCAGUCUGAAGAACUGCCUGGAGUCCUGCAGGACCCUGGACAGCAACCACCAAAGUGAAUGGACAGCCUCAGGGUGCAUGGUCACCCACACUACAGGACAGGGCAGCCUCAGGGCACAUGGAACAUCAUGGCCCUUCACCUCCUGGGGCAAAGAAAUCAAAAAUGGAAAAAUCUCCAAGGAGAUCUACUGGAUUCGGCGGCUGGUUAGCAGUGACAAGUAUGGAAAUGUUCUGCGUACUUAUGCUUCCUACACAGACUUUAUUUUGUCUAAGAACCAUGAAGACUUCACUGUGACCUCUUCCCACUCCUCAGCCAACGCCAUCCAAGGUCCUGGUUCUGUCUUGUAUGAUGAGGCUUUCUAUUACAGCUGCUACAAGAUGGCCAGUCUUUGCAAAUAUGACCUGAAGACCAAGACUAUCCUUCGUGCUACCUUGCCUGGAGCUGGCUUUAACGACAAGUUCCCCUACUGCUACUACAGCUGCUAUGAUUCCACAGAUAUAGACUUCACAGCGUAUGAAAAAGGAUUGUGGGUAAUCUAUGCCACAGAGGAGAAUUAUGGGAACAUGGUGGUGAGCAAACUCAACACCUCCAGCCUGGUCCAGACCUGGAGGACCAGGCUGUUCAAGAAGUCGGUGACCAACACUUUCAUGGUGUGUGGAGUGCUCUACGCCACCCACUACGUCAACACCUACCGAGAGGAGGUUUUCUAUGCCUUCGACACAGAAACAGGCCAUGAAACCAAUGUCUUGAGCCUGCCAUUUGAGAAGAUCUCUGAUCAUAUCCAAAGUCUCCACUACAACGCCACAGAACAGUCUUUGUCCUGUUUAAUACAGGAAGCAAGACUGUAGUAUGAGUAUG